AUGCACGAAAAUCGAAUAAAAACAACAGCGAACACUGUCUGUCACUUGAUUUGUACCAAAAUGAGGACAUACAAUGAAGAACUUAAAUUUUUGGAUAAAGUUACCCAGCGUAGCUGGCGGAUCAAAAAAGGAUUUGUAGAAAAUAUGAAUGUGGAAGGGUUAUUCUAUGUGAAUGACCAUCUUGAAAAACUGAUGUUUGAUGAACUGAAACAGUCCUGUAACAACCGAGGAUUUGGUGGUUUCUUACCUGCCAUGAAACAAAUUGGCAACGUUGCUGCUCUUCCAGGAAUUGUGGUGAAAUCCAUUGGUCUUCCUGAUGUUCAUUCUGGAUAUGGAUUUGCCAUUGGAAACAUGGCUGCCUUUGACAUGGAUGACCCAAAAGCUGUUGUGUCACCUGGUGGUGUAGGAUUUGAUAUCAACUGUGGAGUUCGCCUCCUGCGUACUAACCUCGAUGAGAAAGAUGUCACACCAAUUAAGGAACAGCUCUGUCAGUGCUUGUUCAACCACAUUCCAGUUGGUGUUGGUUCAAAGGGUAUCAUUCCCAUGAAUGCUCAGGCAUUGGAGGAAGCCUUGGAAAUGGGAAUGGACUGGUCUCUCCGUGAAGGUUACUCAUGGGCUGAGGACAAAGAACAUUGUGAAGAAUAUGGUCGUAUGUUGCAGGCAGACCCUUCCAAAGUUAGUAGCCGUGCCAAAAAGAGAGGCCUUCCUCAGUUAGGAACUCUUGGAGCAGGCAACCAUUAUGCAGAAGUCCAGGUGGUUGAUGAGAUUUUUGAUGACUAUGCUGCUCGCAAGAUGGGAAUUGAUCACACUGGUCAAGUGUGUGUCAUGAUCCACAGUGGUAGUCGAGGCAUGGGUCACCAAGUGGCUACAGAUGCUUUGGUUGCAAUGGAGAAGGCAAUGAAAAGAGACAAGAUCAAUGUAAAUGAUCGUCAAUUGGCUUGUGCCCACAUCAAUUCUCAGGAAGGUCAAGAUUAUUUGAAAGGCAUGGCUGCUGCUGCUAACUAUGCCUGGGUCAAUCGCACAAGUAUGACUUUCCUCUCACGACAGGCAUUUGCCAAGAUUUUCAAUACGACCCCUGAUGAUUUAGAUAUGCAUGUCAUCUAUGAUGUGUCUCAUAAUAUUGCCAAAAUAGAACAACACUUUGUGGAGGGCAAACAAAAGACACUUCUGGUUCACAGAAAAGGUUCCACAAGGGCAUUCCCUCCUCACCACCCACUCAUUCCUGUGGAUUAUCAGCUGACUGGUCAACCUGUGUUAAUUGGUGGCACUAUGGGAACUUGCAGUUAUGUACUAACUGGCACCGAUCAAGGAAUGGAAGAUACAUUUGGUACAACAUGUCAUGGAGCAGGUCGAGCUUUAUCACGUGCUAAAUCUCGUCGUAACUUGGACUACAUGGAUGUUUUACAUGCCUUAGAAGACCAGGGCAUUAGUAUACGAGUGGCUUCUCCCAAAUUAGUCAUGGAAGAGGCGCCAAAAUCUUACAAAAAUGUCACAGAUGUAGUAAACACAUGCCAUGAUGCUGGCAUCAGUAAAAAGGCAAUAAAAUUACGUCCAAUUGGAGUGAUUAAAGGAUAA